AUGCAGGCGCGAGGUCCUGCGCAGCCGCAGAGCGCUGCCAUCGACACGGACCUGCUUCGCCUGGUCGGGUCGACUGCGCUCCAGCAGAAGCUCGACACGAUUGUGGGACCCAAGACGCUCAUCUUGACGCCGAGUCUUGCGGGUCCGCUUGGUCUGGUCACCGAAGUCGGCUUGCUCAAGAACAACCAUGCCGUGACCAAGAUGUACUGGCUCGAGGCUGGUGCACUCUCGCAGACGGAGCGGAACAUUGUCUACCUCUGUCGACCGGAAGUGCGGCGGAUGCGGAUCAUUGCAGGCGAUCCAUGCGCAACCCUGAACAUCGGUGCUGACGGAAAGUCGGCUCGCGCAGACCAAAUACGAGCGGAUCCGCAGCCGAACCAGCACAACUACCACCUCCUUGUCGUUCCUCGCAUGACUGCGCUCUGCACCACCGUUCUCUCCGACCUAGGCGUCCUUGGCUCGCUCGAGAUCCAGGAGUUUCAGCUUGGGCUCAUCCCGCUGGAGAAGGAUGUGCUCAGUCUCGAGUACGAGGACGUAUGGCGGAAAAUUGAGCUCGACGGCGACAAUGCGGCCAUCUUCGACCUUGCGAAAGCUCUCAUGACGAUUCAGCGAGCUUUCGGUCCUAUACCGCGCCUCAUCGGGAAAGGAGACUCUGCACGGCGACUGGUCGACCUGCUCAAGCGGUUACGGAGAGAGCAGCCUGCUUCGACGCCUUCUUCUGCACCGCUUGCCAAUGGCACGAUAGAUUCGAUGAUCGUCAUCGACCGACAAGUCGACAUGGUCUCGGCGCUGUGCACGCAAUUGACGUACGAGGGCCUCGUCGACGAGGUCGUCGGCAUCAAGCACUCACACGUCGACGUCGAUCCGAACCUCCUGAAUCCUGCACCUGCCGCCUCUACCUCGACUCCCUCUCAAGCUUCUUUCGGCGCCCUCCCGCCUCGCAAGCGAAAACACCUCCUCACCGCUACCACCGACCCGCUUUUCGCCGAAUUGCGCGACAAGAACUUCGCGGUCGUCGGGACGAUCCUGAACCGGACAGCGCGGCGGCUGAACGAGGACUACGAGAAGCGGCAUCAGGCUAAGACGGCAGCAGAGCUACGGCAGUUCGUUGGUCAGCUUGGAGGGCUGCAGAAUGAGCAUCAGGCGCUGCGGUUACAUACAAGCCUGACGGAGCAGAUCAUGGCGUUGACGGGGACGGACGAGUUCAACGUCGCGCUGGAGGUUCAGCAGAAUCUCGUCGCCGGCGUCGACCUCGCGGCGCAGGAGAACUCGAUCCGCGUUCUCAUCAACCAGGAAGCGCCCGUCAAGACGGUCUUGCGACUCCUGUGCCUGUAUAGCAUCGUCUCGGGCGGUAUCAAGCCGAAGGUGCUUGAGGAGUUCAAGCGUGAUAUCCUGCAGGCAUACGGCUUCGACCACCUCCCCCUCCUCAUCUCGCUCGAGCGGCUCAAUCUUCUCACCCGCCCGCCUCCCUCCUCCCGCUCGACGCCAAAACCCCCCUUCGUUCUCUCCCGCAAACCUCUCCGCCUCAUAGUCGAUGACGUCGACGAGCAGAACCCCCAAGACCCGUCCUACGUCUUCUCAGGCUAUGCGCCGCUGAGCGUACGGCUCGUGCAGUGCGCGCUCGCUGGGGGGUUGGGCGGGACCGGAAGCAAGAUUGGAGCGGCUCUCCCGGGCGUGGGAGCGGGUGCGGCAGGUGGGAUGGCGGGUGUUGCGAUGGGGCCAGCGGGCUUGAACGGCUGGAAGGGAGUCGAGGAGGUCGUCAAGGCGCUGCCCGGUGCUACGAUCGAUGAGUGGCAGAAUAUUGACGAUGGACCGAAAAGGCUCGCUCCGGGCGAACUGCCUACCACGAUCGUCUGCUUCCUCGGCGGCAUCACCUUCGCCGAAGUCUCCGCCAUCCGUCUUCUUAACCGGCAGAUGCCAUCCCGCAACCUGCUCGUCGUGACGACCGAUACCGUGACUGGCAGCUCGCUCCUCACAUCGCUCAUGCCUGAGCACACGCGCAACCCCCUCAUUCCCUCCGCCUGA